GUUCCUAGCCCGAGGAGCAUGGCCCACCUGGCCCUUCCCCAGAGGCCCGCCUCAAUGUCACCACGCACGGGGCCGCGCCGCAGUCGGCCGGCUGGGCCCCGAGGAGGUGCUGGUGGCCAACGCGCUGUGGGUGACGGAGCGGGCCAACCCCUUCUUCGUGCUGCAGCGGCGCCGGGGCCACGGCAAGGGCGGCGGCCUCACGGGUCUUCUCGUGGGCACCCUGGAUGUGGUGCUGGACUCCAGCGCCCGUGUGGCCCCCUACCGCAUCCUGCACCAGACCCAGGAUUCGCAGGUCUACUGGACAGUGGCAUGCGGUUCUUCCCGCAAAGAAAUCACAAAACACUGGGAAUGGCUGGAAAAUAACUUACUUCAGACACUGUCCAUCUUUGAUAAUGAGGAGGAUAUCACCACCUUUGUCAAGGGAAAAAUACACGGCAUCAUCGCUGAAGAAAACAAGAACGUGCAGCCCCAGGGAGAUGAGGACCCUGGGAAGUUCAAGGAGGCGGAGCUGAAAAUGCGGAAGCAGUUUGGGAUGCCAGAGGGGGAAAAGCUGGUCAACUAUUACUCUUGCAGCUACUGGAAGGGCCGUGUGCCCAGACAGGGCUGGCUAUACCUGACUGUCAACCACAUGUUCUACUCCUUCCUGCUGGGCAAAGAAGUGAGCCUGGUGGUGCAGUGGGUGGAUGUCACACGGCUUGAGAAGAAUGCCACCCUCCUCUUCCCCGAGAGCAUCCGUGUGGAUACCAGGGACCAGGAACUCUUCUUCUCCAUGUUCCUCAACAUCGGUGAGACCUUCAAGCUCAUGGAGCAGCUGGCCAACCUGGCCAUGCGACAGCUGCUGGACAACGAGGACUUCCUGGAAGACAAGGCCCUGCCCAGGCCUGUCCAGCCACACAGGAACAUCUCUGCUUUGAAGCGAGACCUGGAUGCCCGAGCUAAGAACGAGUGCUAUCGGGCCACCUUCCGGCUGCCCAGGGAUGAGCGGCUGGACGGCCACACGGGCUGCACACUGUGGACACCAUUCAGCAAGUUGCACAUUCCUGGCCAGAUGUUCAUCUCCAACAACUACAUAUGUUUUGCCAGCAAAGAAGAGGAUGCAUGCCACCUUAUCAUUCCCUUGAGGGAGGUGACCAUUGUUGAAAAAGCUGACAGUUCCAGUGUCUUACCCAGGCCCCUGUCCAUCAGCACCAAGAGUAAAAUGACCUUCCUGUUUGCCAACCUGAAAGAUCGCGAUUUCUUAGUGCAGAGAAUCUCGGACUUCCUCCAGAAAACACCAUCCAAGCAGCCAAGUGGCAGCACUGGGGAAAGGAAGACCAGCGUUGUAGACCCAGCUUCUGAGUUUCUCCCAGCUCCUCAGGAGACACACCAACAGCCCACCAGCCCGUCAUCUCCGCUCAGUGGCCACCAGGGCUUCAGUGCACAGAACGUGCCCACCGCCUCCCAGGGCCUGCUCAAGCUCUUCCGAAGAAACUUGCCCACAGAGGACCUAGGAGUCAAGGAGGCCAAAGAGAAGAUGAAAGAGGAGUCAUGGGACAUCCACUUCUUCGAGUAUGGGCGUGGCAUGUGCAUGUACCGCACAGCCAAGACCCGGGAGCUGGUCCUGAAGGGCAUCCCUGAGAGCCUGCGCGGGGAGCUGUGGCUUCUCUUCUCAGGGGCCUGGAAUGAGAUGGUGACUCACCCUGGCUACUACGCUGAGCUGGUGGAGAAGUCCAUGGGCAAGUACAGCCUGGCCACGGAGGAGAUUGAGCGAGACCUCCACCGUUCCAUGCCUGAGCACCCCGCCUUCCAGAACGAACUUGGGAUCGCUGCGCUCCGGCGGGUUCUGACUGCCUACGCUUUCCGAAACCCCACUAUUGGUUACUGCCAGGCGAUGAACAUCGUGACCUCAGUGCUCCUGCUCUACGGCAGCGAGGAGGAGGCCUUCUGGCUCCUGGUGGCCCUGUGCAAGCGCAUGCUGCCCGACUACUACAACACCAGGGUGGUGGGAGCCCUGAUUGACCAAGGCAUUUUUGAAGAACUCACAAGAGACUUCCUGCCCCAGCUGUCAGAGAAGAUGCAGGAGCUGGGCGUGAUCUCCAGCAUCUCGCUCUCAUGGUUCCUGACCCUCUUCCUCAGCGUCAUGCCGUUCGAGAGCGCCGUGGUCAUUGUUGACUGCUUCUUCUACGAGGGCAUCAAGGUGGUCCUGCAGGUGGCCCUGGCCAUCCUGGAUGCCAACAUGGAGCAGCUGCUCGGCUGCAAUGACGAGGGCGAGGCCAUGACCAUCUUGGGCAGAUGUCUGGACGAUGUGGUCAAUGAGCAGAGUACUUCCCCACCAGUGCCACACCUCCAUGCCUUGCUGGCCAGUGGAGACGAGCCUCCCACACAGACAGACAUCUUUGACCUCCUCAAAGCCUCUUAUGAGAAAUUCAGCAUCCUGCGGGCCAGCGACGCUGAACAGAUGCGGUUUAACAGGCUGAAAGUGAUCCAGUGCUUGGAGGACACAGCCAAGAGGAGCAUGGUCUGAGCCAUACCUGGGGACACUGGCUUCUCCACUGAAGAGCUGGAAGACCUUUACAUGGUGUUUAAGGUAAGAGCCGAGAACAGGGACAGGACCUGUAACUGUGACCUUGUCUUCCUAGAGCAUCCUCAGCACAGAGGUUCCUGCCGGAAGAGAAGGGGUUUGGAAGCAUCCGUGCAUGCACUUGCUGAUCUUCUUCUCUCUGUUCUUUUUUCUGGCGGGAUGUACCUCGGGGACAUGACUGAAAAGCUCAAGGUGCUCUACAAGCUGCACCUUCCCCCAGCCCUGAACUCUGAGGAAGCCGAGUCAGCCGUGGAGGCCACCCACUAUUUCACAGAAGACAGCUCCUCAGAAGUGACAUCUCCUCUGGCCUCUGAUCUGGAUCUUUUCCUGCCCUGGGAGGCUCAAGAGGCACUACCACAGGAAAAUCGGGAAGGAAGCAGAAGCGAGGAUACCCAAGAAAAGCGAGCAGAGGAGAAGGGGACCAGCCCCCCAGACUACCGACUCUACCUUCGCAUGUAGGCCAAGGAGGGAGAGGCUCAGAAGGAGACCAUCCAGGAUCUGCCCAAAAUGAACCAGGAGCAAUUCAUUGAGCUGUGCAAGACGCUAUACAACAAAUUCAGUGAGGACCCCCUGGAGCAGGACUUGUACCACGCCAUUGCCACAGUGGCCAGCCUCCUCCGCAUCAGUGAGGUGGGGAAGUUCUUCAGUCCCAGUGUCAAGAAGCCCACGGGUGGCACUCUCAGCAAGGACCAGGGCAGUUCCACUGAGGAUGAGUCCCCACUGCCAUUACCUGCAAGGGAAUCCCAUCAGGCCCCAGUACAGGAAUGCCAGCUGACAGCCACGGGGGACCCCUGGACCAAAGCUGGUGGAGACACCCACCUUGGAAAAGUGCCACAGGAGAGACAGACGGUGGUAGAGGGGGGCAGUGGAGAGGGGCAGGGCUCACCCUCCCAGCUCCUGUCUGAUGAUGAAACCAAAUACAACAUAUCCAUGUCCUCCUACUCAGUGGUCAGCAUGGGCUCCCUGCAGUGUGAGAACCCCACAGCCACUGCCCGCAUUGGGAACACCAUGGACGCAGACUGGUGCAUCUCCUUCAAGCAGAUCCUGGCCUCCAUCCUGCCAGAGUCUGUGCUGGUCAACUUCUUUGAGAAAAGGGUGGACAUUGGACUCAAGAUGAAGGACCAGAGGAAAGUAGAGAGACAGUUGAGUGCCUCCAGUGAGCACGAGCCAUCUGUUGCUCUGGGCUGAGCCCCUUGGCUGAGUGAUUCUGGCCGAGGCCUCUGU